UAGGCUAAUGCUUGGAUGAGUGUAGGUGUCUGAAUUAACACUCAUCCUCAAUUCCUCAUUCCCUCUCCCAUGGCUGCAAUCAUCCAAACCCUAAUUCUCAGACCUCCGCACCCUAAAACGCUGCCCCAUCCAACGCCCAUUACAUCAAAUGCCAUCAGAUUCUGCAUUUCCACUCACAAAUGCUCAUUACUUCUUCGGAAACCACGCUCUGUCUCCAAGUCAUUCCCCAUCACAGCUGCUCAACAUUCCGCUCAGGGAGAUGAUGCAAGUCAAGCAGCCAGCUCGGGAAAGGCAUUGAUUUGGGCAAAACCUUUGUUGAGUUUUGUGGCAGAUAAUUUUCUUCCAUUAGCUCUAGUCAGUGGAGUGGCAUUGGGUCUUGCAAAUCCUACUCUUGGUUGUCUUGCUGACAGGUAUUCUUUGUCAAAAGUAAGCACUUUUGGGAUAUUUAUCAUCUCUGGUUUGAUGCUGCGUAGUGGAGAAAUUGGUGCAGCUGCUGAAGCAUGGCCAGUUGGAAUUUUUGGGCUAGGUUCUAUUCUAUUAUUUACCCCCCUCUUUUCAAGGCUUAUUUUGCAAUUUCAGCUCCAACCUCGAGAAUUUAUAACUGGUCUGGCUAUAUUUAGCUGUAUGCCGACAACAUUAUCAAGUGGUGUGGCACUGACUCAGCUUGCUGGGGGGAAUUCUGCACUUGCUCUUGCAAUGACAGUGAUAUCUAAUCUCUUGGGAAUUUUGAUUGUCCCAUUUUCUAUUUCCAAGUUCAUAGCUGAUGGAGUUGGUGUUUCUGUUCCAACUAAGCAACUGCUUCGAAGUCUUGUUGUCACACUUUUGAUCCCUCUAAUCUUGGGGAAGGUUUUACGUGAAUCUUUCAAAGGUGUGGCUGACUUUGUUGAUAAAAACCGUAAACUUCUCUCAAUGAUUAGUGCAAUCUUCCUUAGUUUGGUUCCAUGGAUACAAGUGAGUAGAUCAAGGUCACUGCUAUUAAUGGUGAAGCCUGCAGUCUUUCUUGUGGCCAUUGGGAUGGGAACAGUUCUGCAUCUCGUCCUAUUAGCUUUUAAUGCUCUCUCAAUACAGAGCCUCUCAGCCGUCUCCGGUGGUAGCAAAUCCCCUUUUGCUAAGAGACAGAACACCGUUGCUUUUUUGCUUGUUGCUAGCCAGAAAACAUUGCCUGUGAUGGUAGCAGUUGUGGAGCAGCUUCAUGGUACACUUGGUGAAUCUGGUUUAUUGGUUCUUCCUUGUGUUGCAGCACACUUGAAUCAGAUAAUUAUGGACUCUUUCCUUAUCAAUAUCUGGCUUGGAAAGGACCGCACAUCUGAUAAUGCCAAGGUAGCCUGAAAUAUGAGAAUAAGGUCGUGAAUGUUGAUAGACAGCAAUGUUGAAGUACAUGGAUGUUGUUCACAGCGACCUGCUAAUCUUUGCAGAGACCAAAGUGUUUAACAAGACCUGGGCAACCAAUGGUAUUCACCUCAUCCUUGUUAGUAUUGUUGAAUUAGAGUUUUGUGGCGGCUCUUAGUCCCAUUAUUGUUUUUAAUCUAUAUCUAGAGAUCCAUCUUGUAUAGUCAAAUUCUAUCAUUGUAUCAUAUUUACCUCAAAUGGCAAAUACACCAUAGAUAUAUACAUCAUAAAGACUAGACUUGGGUUCA